AUGGUGAUUAGAACAUUUAUCAUGGUCAAAAAUUUUCAAUUGCAGACACCCAGUGUGUAAUGCAAAUACCAACACCUUGUGUUUAGUUUCACAUUUUUUGCUUUUCAGAACAAAAUAAAUAAAUGAAUAAAUAAAAUGCCAUCAAUUGUUUCUCAGAUCGAUUUCUUUGAAGAGAGAAUUAAACAUUGUGAGGACAGACUGGAAGAUAUCGCAUCAUCUUUAAACGGGACGAAACUAACGUCGAACCGAAGGGAUGAUUUAACCGUUGAGAGAGAACAGUUAUCAUCAGCUUUAUUAGAACAUAAAAAAAAUCUUUCUUCCCUCCGUCAUGAAAACAGAAGAACCAUGUUAUUAUCUGUCGCCAUAUUUAUUAUAAUAGCUAGUGUGUAUUUAUUAUUGCAGGGAACUUAAUUCUUUACUGUAUUUAUUUAUAGAGAAAAUAAUAUUUACCCGAAUUUUUUUUCUAAAUAUAAAGAGAAAGAAAACGGUUUACUGACUGGGAACUUGA